CUCGAUGCAGCUGGACAGAGAAAGGAGUUUCUCCCAAGCGCCUCUGCUUCCUCUUUUCGGCUGUAUAAAGCCUCAGAGUCUCCAACACAACCUGGACAGAAGACAGAAGCUGCCUGCCUCUUGCUCCACAGGGGGGUCUCCUUGGCAGGACGAUGGACUUUCAAUAUGACUACACCGCGGAGGACCUGGGUGCUGAUGCCAACUUCACUGCCCCGGACUUUGAGGAGAUGCACCAGUUGAGCCUUGUCAUCUGGGUGGCCAUGGUCAUCUACUCCCUGGUGUUCCUGGUGGGCGUUCUGGGCAACGGCGCCGUCAUCUGGGUGAUGAGCUUCAAGAUGCGGCACACAGUCAACGCUGUCUGGUUCCUCAACCUCUCCGUGGCCGACCUCCUCUGCUGCCUGGCCUUGCCCAUCCUAGUGGCGCAACUGGCUUCUGACCACCACUGGCACUUGGGGGACUUUGGCUGCAAGCUCUUCCCUUCCCUCAUCACCCUGAACAUGUUCGCCAGCGUCCUGCUGCUGACAGCCAUCAGCAUGGACCGCUGCGCCCUGGUGAUCAGGCCAGUGUGGUGCCAGAACCACCGCUCAGCGCCCCUGGCCUGGCUGCUGUGCUGUGUGGCUUGGGCCUCUGCCCUGGUCCUCACCCUGCCCUCCUUCCUCACCAGAACCGCCGAGCUGGACGUCUCUUCCCAGAAGACCACCUGCAACGUCAAGUACUCCGUCUGGGGGGGGGACAGCGAGGCAGCAGAGGUCGCGGUGGCCGUGGUGCGCUUCCUCUGUGGCUUCCUGAUCCCCUUGGGGGUCAUCAGUGCCUGUUACGGGCUGCUGAUCUGGCGGGUGAGUGGCAGACGCUCCAUGCGCUCCAAGAAGACCCUGAAGGUGGUGCUGGUGGUGGUGGUGGGCUUCUUCCUCUGCUGGGCCCCCUACCAUGUGGCUGGGCUGAUUCUCUCGGGCAACAGAGAAAGUGCCCUCUAUGAGCCGACGAGGAAAGCCGACCCUCUCUUCGUGGCCCUGGCCUACAUCAACAGCUGCAUCAACCCCAUCAUCUACGUCAUUGUGGGCCGGGACUUCAAGGCCAAGAUGCGCCAGUCGCUGAAGGCGGUGCUGCAGAACCUCUUGAGUGAGGAGGCCAGGCUUGCCAGUUCCAUGGCCGAGGGCCACGUCCAGACCACGUACACCACCACUGAGGACCGGAGCACCAGCAUGAAUGUGUGAGGGGUGCCCAGAGGGAGCCGGGUUGUCUUGGCUUCCCAGCGGGGGUGGUGGGGGGCAAAGGAAGCCAGGGCUAGCUUCGCACGUUGGGCCGGCCAUGGCUCUGCUUGUCACUGUGCUCUUUGCAGGCGCCUUGUGUUGCUGCUGCCCUUGCUCAGGGGGGGGGCAACCUCCCCAAGCUGGCCCCACAGGCCCAGUCAACCCUCCCCACCCCGCCAUCCCUCAGCUCAGCCUGGCGAUUCAGUGGCCACCCCAGGCAUCUGUUCCCAGACACAGCUGGGCAGGAAAGCCUCUCGGAGCAGCUCCCGUUUGGGUCUGGGCUCUGGGGCAGGGUGGAAGAAGGGGGCAGCUGGAGCUUCAAGUGGCCAGUCAGGCUGCAGCCAGGCCCCCAUGGGCCGCCCUUGGAAGCACCGUCUGUGGGCAGGGGGUGGGGGUGGGCGAGGGGGCGGAGUGACCAAGCUUCUCCGGGCAGCCUCCCAGUUUAUAUCUCAAUUGCCCCAGGAAGAAGCAAAAGCGUGCAAAUCCCCUUCUCAGUCCCUCCAACGGGGCGGGGGGGGGCACACCCUGGUGCUGGAGAAAAGACAUGGGACACCCUGUCUGGCAUAUUGCCUUCCCCAGAACUUUAGUACACAACACCCUGUGGUGGGGCAGCCCCACUCAGCUGCCAGGUCACCCACUUCCUCUUUGGGGCUGAGGAGAGGCCAUGUGGCAGUGGGGGUGGGGGGCUGGAAAAGACUCCCCUUGGGCCAGGAACUCCCAGGAAAGAGAUCCUGGGCACAGAAAGGAAAAUGGCGAGAUUUUGUGGCAACGACUGAGGUGAUCCAAGUCAACAUCCAGUCAUGGGUGAGCAGAAUCUGGCCCCUUUCCAUUCCACUCUUGGUUGAACAAAGGCCUCCAUCGCACCUUCACUCCUAGAGUGCAUGGAGGUUGCAUCAGAAACAGCAAUCUAUUCCAAAGCAAUUGAGCUUUCUUGGUGACUUUUUUCCGUGCUUCUGCUGUUCAGAUUAUGAUUACUGUUAAUAAAUAAGGGAUAACUCCUA